AUGAGUAGAAAGUAAGUUUUAUUUUUUUUUAUACAAAACUAUUGCUAAACAAGCGAAUUUCAGUAUUCGCACGUUCAAUGACUUGGGCGGUGGAAACGAUUCGCACAGUGAUAAUGAUAGUGAAGGAGAAGACUCCAGACCUCAAGAUUUUUAUGUUGGAAGUGGACAACAAGUACAAGGACCACCAGGAGGAAGAGCAAGAAGACCAAAUGAAGUUUUCAAUCAAGUUUUGGACUCUGCAAGAGCUAAUGGAGCUGAUGCUUUGACUGCUGAUCAAUUGGCCGCUGAACAACCUGGAGAUGUUCUUGUAAGUUCUAAAAUUGUUUAGAAGUUUUAAAAAAUAUUCUGAAUUCCUUUAGCGUGUCAAUAUGUACAUUUGGACCAAUGGUUUUUCCAUCGAUAACGGACCAUUGAGAGCAAUUGACGAGCCGAGCAGUCGAGAAUUCCUCAGAGCAAUUAUGGCAGGGUAAGAUUGAGGAGGAGAAGCAAAACAAAAAAAAAACUUUUAGAAAAGUCCCUGCCGAAAUCGAACAACUCCAUCAGGGCAAAAAAAUCGAUUUUCACAUUGAGAAAAAAGGUUGCGAAUACGAGCCACCGAAAAUGAAGGCUUUCGAUGGAGCUGGUGUGAGAUUGGGAAAUGUCGUGCCAUCUGUGGUUGGAGAAUCUUCAUCAUCAAGUCAAGCUCCAGUUGUUCCAGUUCCAUCGGCUGAUGAAGCUGUUAAGAAUUUGGAAAAUGCUAAGAAAGAGUUGGCCUUGGAUCAAACACAACCAACAACUAAUGUGAGUUGAUUUUCAGUGAUUUUUGAAAGAAAAAACGUUUUUUUAACGUUAAAAACCAAAAAAGUGAUUCAUGAACGGUAUUUUUAUUCAUUUUUCCAUUUUCUCAACACAUGAAUAAAAUGAAGCUAAAACGCAUUUUAGUGUUCAGAAUUGCUAUUUCAAGACCUUCCAAUAAGCCUAAAAGACAAAUCAAGCCCAAAAAUGAAAUUUGAAGACUUUAUUUGUCUUUCAGGCUAAUUAGAAAAUCUUGAAAUAGCAUUUCUGGAUAUUAAAAUGCGUUUUAGCUUCAUUUUCUUCAUGUCUUGAGAAAAUGGUGGAAAAAUGAAUAAAAUACCGUUCGUGAAUCACUUUUUUGGUUUUUUAAAGUUAAAAAAACGUUUUUUUUUAAAUUUCUUUAAUUACUACAUGAAUAAUUAAUCCUGUUUUCCAGCUCCAAAUCCGCCUCUUGAAUAAUCAACGCCUUGUUGGAACAUUCAAUCAAUCUCAUACCGUUUCUGCAGUCAGAAACUAUAUUUGCACGUAAGUUUUACCUUAAAGGCGGUCAGACAGCUAUUCCGGUUGACGGAGACCACCCACGAAGCCUCUGACUUCAACUGACCUAAACUUGAACCAAACAAAAUAUGAAAUAUUGUAAAAAUAUGAAACUUCAAAUCUUCCUGUGCAAAAGUGCGUCGCGGUGUUUGCACACACACAAAUCCGUGGGGGCAAUUUGAAAUUUUGAAGAUUUUCUCAGCUCGUAUUAACUUUCAUGAUUUCGGAAUUUUUUCACUGGUUCGUUUCAUAAUAAACUAUUUUUGACACUAAGCUUUGAGGAAAACCGGAAUAAUUGUCUAACUGCCUUUAAGAAAAAUGAACCCUAUUUAAAAAUAAAAAUAAUUAAAAACUUCCAGCGCGCAUCCAGAACUCCUUUACCAACCAUUCGUUAUCGCAACAACAUAUCCAAGAAAAGAUAUCGAUGAUGAAACUCAAACUUUGAAAGAUGCCAAUCUUUUGAAUGCUGCUUUGGCUCUCAGAGAAGCCUGA